AUGGUGAGGCAUGCUGUCUCUCUGCAGCCCAUGGAGGUUAAUGGUGGACCACAGCAGGAAAUCCUCACUCGUAGGCAAGGUUCCAUCCUGCAUUUUACCCCCUUGAAAGAAGCUAGUUUGUAUUUUGCUACAAAAAUCCCCAGCAUUACACAAAGUACUGAAGACAAGAAAAGGGAGGUCAUCACUGGCAUCUGCUCAGCACUGGGAGACCCUUUGGGAGGUCCGUCUCCCCUCUCUGCCGACACCGAGGCCCUUCGGGAGGCCCCUGUCCCCCGUCUCUGCCCCACACCGAGGCCCUUCGGGAGGCCCCUGUCCCCCGUCUCUGCCCACGCUCCGGGGCCUUCUCUGCUGCCCGCUUCCCGGCGCCACAGAAGCCGCGGCACUCGGCCCGUCUCUCGGCAGCCCAUGGCGGGCGGGGCCGCGGAGGCUCUGCAGGACAGCGGCUCCGCCGCGCCGGCCGCCUCCAGCGGGGCCCAGCGGGAGGCAGCGGCAGCCGGGCCGUGCCCCAUCUGCCUGGGCGACCUGGACAACGCGGCGCACGUGGACACCUGCCUGCACACCUUCUGCUUCGCCUGCAUCCGGCAGUGGGCCGCCCUGCGCGCCCACUGCCCGCUCUGCAGGCAGCGCUUCGGCCGCAUCCUGCACACGGUCCGGGCGGACGACGACUACCAGGAGUACGUGCUCGGCCCGCCCGGCUGCCAGCAGAGCGCCGCGGCCGCGCACAGCGCGCUCCGCACGGCCCCGCGCUGGCGCUACCGGCUGCGCCCGCGGCCCCAGCGCCAUCCCGCUGCCAGGAGAAGGGGGCGGCCGCCAGCGGACGGAGGGAGAGCUCCAGCAGCCUCUGACACCUCUGCCCGAUAGGCUGCGGGGCAGCGCUCGACCCGCCCUGCCGGGGACCUGCCAUCCUCUUGCACAUGCGGGGGGCGCGGCUUGCGGCCCUCAGGCACCUGGAAUCAACACCCGGAGCCCUCCUGGAGCACGCGUCUCUUACAACCCCUUGGAAUAGUGGACGCUCUUUUUCGUUACUAGUAAAUUACACUUUGUUUAAAUUAUUAAAGUGUUUUUGCCUUAACCGAUGAAGUUUAACUUUUCUCCCCCGCAGUGGAUGGGUGCGAGGAGGCAGUAGUUGGGCGAGGGGAGUGAGAGGCUUCAUAGUGCUUAGUUCCCACCUGGGGUCCAACCAUGAUAUUCCGCGUCUUUUAAAAUGAGUCGUGGUGGCUCCCAGGGGCAAAAAGGAGGAGUGAGCUAAAGCUGUGAUAGUUUUUAGGGGGCAUGUUAAUAUUUUCAAGAAUUUCAGUCUUGUCUUCUUAAGAGAACUUCCUAUGUGCUGCAGAUAUUGUAACAAAUUGCAUUCCAAAACCACGGUUCAUUUUUUCCUUUUUUUUUUUACAUCAAUGUUCCUUGCCAUUUAUUAGAUUGUCUUAUACAGAUAAUCUGCAUAGGUUAACAAGAAGCUGGAUUUUGUUGCUAGUAAGUUUCUAGAUAUAUCUAAGCAAGUAAAAGGAAAAAAACCCAACAACAAACAACAAGAAAAUCCCAAGAGAUAUGUAUCACUGAAGAAAAGGAUGAUUUUAACAUAAAUAUGUACACAAGUAGUACACAAAGUGCAAAAGCUGAAUAUGACCUCAAGUAAAUAAGGGUUUACUUCCUUUAUCAAGCUGUCAUAAAUUAAGCUGUUACUGUUAGCAUACUCUGCAAUAAAUGUCAGAUAAGAAUACAUUCAGGAGUUAAUAUAUUACAUCAAAGUCACAAUAUAUUAGCACUUCAUCAUUUCAGUCUUCAAAGUUAUUGUCUAACUUUUGCAUGAAUGUUGAUGUUUCUUCAUGAUAAGCAAAUUGUUAGAAAAUUCAGUUGUGUCUUAGUUUAGGAUAAGCAGCACAUUAUUUGAAGCCCUAUUUUAUUAGAGCCAGAAACCAGUUGACAAAAUGGAAGAAGGUAAUAACUAGUAACAAACACAGACUCUGAAACAAGACAAAUAGCAACUGUACCAUCUGCAACAUGUCUCACGGACCAGAGAACAUGAAGUGGUCUUCACAAAAGCACAAU